UCCGCAAAAAAUGUCCGCAAAUAAAUGUCCGCAAAAACAAGUCUACAGAAGGGAGUCCGCAAGAGUUUUCCGCAAGAUUGUCCGCAAAAAGAAAAUCCGCAAGAAUUGCCCCAUAAACUGUCCGCAAAUAAAUGUCCGUAAAAAUAGUCCGCAAAAAAGUCUGCAAAAAAUCAUCCCAGUUUACAGUAGUGCCGACUUUAAUAAAUUAUUUAAUUCGUUAUAUUUUUAAAGCCAUACUUUUCCAUUCUGGUUCUGAUGCUAUUUAUCGAAAUAAUAUUAAAGCAAUUUCUGAACGGUUGAAAAAAACAUUUUUAGACAAAUAUAAAAUUUUUAAUCUCUCACAAAAACGUUCUGAUCUUGGCCGUGCAAACCAACAAGGAAAUGUUUUGGAAUUUGGAUGGCCUGAACCUUUAGCGCCUCCACUAGAUAGGCUUUGUUCCAUUUGUAAACAAUUAGAAAAUCAUUUAAAUUGUUCUAAAGAAAAUGUAGCGGUUAUACAUUGUAAAGGAGGGAUUUAUAGAGGUGAUUUUCUUAAUUAA